AUGGCUCAUCUGGACAUGUUUCUGCAGAAUGGGCCUACAGAUGGUGACCAGAUGGCUGGGUUGGAAGAAUUGCGGCGUGUGAUUCUGCUCGACGGCAUACCCUCCAACAGCGAGGGCAUGUCAGAAUUGCGCAUCUACAUCUGGCUCAUCUUGCUGAAUGCUCCCCCGCUUCCGACGGAUUCAUACAAGGACCUUGUGGCGCAAGGCGCGUCUCCAGUCUAUGCGAAKAUUCGCAAUGACACCCAUCGCACGUUGACCACAGACCCUCUCUUCCGGAGACGCGUAACAGAGAACAGUCUCACUCGUGUGUUGAAUGCCGUGGCUUGGAAACUUCAUGAUGCCGACGAGGCGCGCGUCAAUGGUUGGAUGUCGCCGCCUACUCUGGGAGUGCCGAAGAGCAUUGACGGAUCCGACCACGCCUUCACUUCCCCAGGCUCCGUCGGAACACGGCAUACGAAGGAUUCCGUAACGGGGACUGAAGGAUCCGAAGCUGGCGAGACUGCCGCGCAUAUCGGCUAUGUGCAAGGCAUGAAUGUCAUGGCAGCUCCCUUUCUCUAUGCUGCACGAAGUGAAGCGGAAGCAUUUGCUGCAUUCGACCGCUUCAUCACUCACGAAUGUCCGGGUUAUGUGAGAGGCAGCAUGGAAGGUGUGCACAAAGGUGUUGCUUUGGUCGACCAGAUUUUGGGCAUUGUCGACCCGAAGCUGGCAUCACAUCUCGCCUCCAAAGGCAUGAAGGCUGAGAUCUAUGCAUUUGCAAGUGUGUUGACCUUGUGCGCCUGCACACCGCCAUUGCCCGAGGUUCUCCAACUUUGGGACUUUCUCUUCGCGUAUGGACCGCACUUGAACCUACUGUGUAUCGUCUCCCAGCUGGUGUUGAUGAGAGAUACAUUGAUGAACAGUAACAAUCCCAAACCAGACUUCAAGCCACUCCGAGCGCGCAAGGUAAUUGACUAUACCGUCAAUUUCGCUCGCAAGAUUCCUCAAGAGAUAUACGAACAGAUGCUCGCUCAUGCGAAGUGA